AUGUGGCUUUCAUUCGUUUGUCUUGCUGUCGGUUUCUACGUCGUACUCGGCGCAAGCGCUCAAAAAGCAACUAGCACGCCCAUUUCUGCUACUACUACAUCUAUCCCUUCUGUAAAACCAACAAUAUGGGAAACAGUUACUUCCAGAGUGACUACUAUUGGGUAUCUAGAUGAUGAUGGGUCGGCUCCAUCACCGGCUCCAACUUCGACAGGCUUGUUUGUUCCACCGCCCGGGGUUGAAUUAGGAGUAGAAAUUGGUGAUACCAUUACUCACACAGUUGUUACUACUAUGACGAUCACGUCUGAUUGUGGAUGUACUCGGCCCCCGACGAUAACGACGACAAUGACGGCUAUAUCGAAGACGACUAUCACAACAAUAACAUCCACUCCUCCAACGAUAACGACGACAAUGACGGCUAUAUCAAAUACGACCAUCACAACAAUAACAUCCGCUCCUCCAACGACUAUACAUACUAGUGCUACUUCAAAGCCGCCUCCUCCUCCUCCUCCUCCUCCUCCAUCUACCUCUCCAUCUACAACUACUAAACAUACCACCACCCCCACUCCAACUCCGACUCCUUCGGGAGGAAAUUGCCCUGGUCCAGGUAUAACAACAACAUCAGUCACAGUGACACUACCCGAGGCUACUUCUACCGUCACCAUCACUGCAAGUCCUACAACUGUGGUUUCUCCAAAAACGGUGAUUGACACUGUCACCCUGACUGAACCUAUAACGGACAGAUUCACGUCGACAAGAACUCUUUACAAUGAUACAACAGUGGUUGUAACAACUACCGCAACAAAAGUAACCCCAGCUACAACGGUAACAAUCACGGAUUUUUUCACCUCUACUGCCGUCUUAAACAUGACCACUACUUUAACCGAAAUAAGCACGACAACAUCAGUGCUUCCCAAGACGUUUACAGCCACAGACAAUACCACGACUAUCGUUACCUCAACAUUCAUCUCGGACGUGAUAACAACAAUGACUGAAACAAGGACGAUCACAGAUGUACCUUCUCCCAGUACAGUCACGGCAACCGUCACCAGGACUGAUCCUGCAAGCAUUAUAACAACGACAGCCACCAAGACUCCAGGUAGCGCUGUGACAGUAACAAGCAUCUCGACAACGACGUUGGUCAGCGUUUCUACUGCAAUUGGUCCGACGGUAACUAUGACAGUUACCCAGCCUGCAGUUACAGUAACAGACAGAAUAACCGAUAUUUCUACUAAACCUGGGUCGACCAUUAUCAAAACCAUUACUGAGUCUGAGCCAACAGUUGUGGUGACGGAUACAAUAACGGACGUAUCUACCGAGCUUGGCCCAACCAUAAUCAAGACUGUUUCCGAGUCCGAGCCUGCAGUGACAAUAACUGAUACCGAGCCUGGGCCAACAAUUGUCAGGACUGUUACUCAGUCUGAACAUGGGACAACCAUUGUCAAGACCGUUACUGAGUCGGAGCCUACCGUGACCGAUAUAAUAACCGACAUUUCCACUAAGACUUUGCCCGCAGUCACUGAUACAGUAACCGACAUUGCUACUGUGCCCGGGCCAACUAUCAUUAGGACUGUUACUCAGUCUGAAAAUGGCUCAACUAUAAUCAAAACAAUAACUCAGUCUGAGCCUGCAGUUACAGUGACGGACAGAAUAACCGAUAUUUCCACAGAGCCAGGGCCUACUGUUAUAAUGACCGUCACUGAGCAUGGAACUACCAUAAUCAAAACGAUGACUCAAUCCGAGCCUACAGUAACUGUCACUAAACCUGGGUCAACAAUCGUGAUAACCAACACAAAGACAAAUCCAAACCCCCCAACUACUGUACGCAUAACAGAAACAGAAUCCGCGAGCAUCGCAACCGUCACAGAGACCAUCGGCGGUAAAACGAGCAUCAAACUCAGCACCGUGGUAGACACAGACACAGCAACUGAAAUAGUCAGUAAACCAUACACAGAGACAGAUACCAUCACCAUGGAUCAUACCGAGACAGUCGAGAUUACUCGGACGAAAACUCUUAGUGGUCGAACGUCUGACGUGACCGUCACAGAUACUGUAGUUCUCACGACUAAGCCUACUUCAGUUAUUGGGUCUACAUUCACCACCGUCACCACACAACCGGCUCAAACGAUUACCCAAAGUGGCUCUGUUAUAACCAUUCCAGGUACCAAGUUGAUCACGACCAUUGCUACCAGUAUAAAAGAAACAAAGACGCAGACACACACAGUAACCACCACAUCCAGUCUAACAAUAUGUCCUACUCGAACCAUCAAUCCGACAUACACGCCUGCUGCUCCCUCACCCAGAAACUACACAUGGGGCUGUCCACCGGGCUCUCUUUGUCAGCCUUCUCAAGUCAAUUGCAAUUUCGAAAUGGGUCCACCGGCAGAUACAUACUAUUGCAGUCCCAACGAAUGCGUUCAGUCACCCAACCUCUUGUCGGCUCAAUUCUGGGGGUCCAAUGUCACAUCAGAUCAGAUUGGCCGCUUCGACGUAUCGCCGGGCUACUUCAAUCUGAACCCUUCGGAAUUUAAUCUGACCUAUGGAAUUUUCGACUUCCCACUCGGUAAUAAGCUUACCAACACAGCUCAACGAGUUAAAAGACAUCUUUUCUCUGGCCUUUUGGAAUGGUCCUACCCAUUCCAUCACCCGGCAAAGAGACAAUCUUCGUCCUCUGGUGGCGAGGAUACCAUCCCAGGGGUCUGCUAUGAUGAAUGCAACGACUGCAUGCUUGAAGCCGAGUCCAAGGGCAAAGUGCCUGCUCUCUGUGCUGCCAAGUCUGCUUUUGAAGUUCUGCUUGGCUAUUGUAACUCGUGCAUUAACAUGCACAAGAAAAAGAAAAGCCACGCUUCCACACCGCCCGAAUUCCAGCAGUUCCUGUCGUACUGCGAUACUGUUGACUCAUCGCCGCCCGGUGGGGGCUCGUCUCAUCCUUCGUCGGCACUGGGUGAUCAUACCACAACCAGGGGUGGUGGUGGUGGUAGUGGUGGUGGUGGUGGUGGUGGUGGUGGUGGACAUCCAGCGUCCUCCCCUGGCCCUGAUUCUACAGCAUCGCCGACCGGAGCAGAUCCAGAGUCUGCAGAUGCUGGAUCUACUGGUCCGAGGCCAACAUCGGGCUCUGAAGCUACUUCGACUGGAGGUUCUGGGUCCAGUGUUGCAGGCGAUGACCCAUACGGAACCUCAACUUUCAAACAUUCUUCUCGGACUAAACCAGAUACAGCUGCAACGGGUGCAACGGGUGCAACAAAAACAAAGCCAACAGCAACAGCAACAGAGCCCACCUCAGGAUCAGGAGCAUUAGCAGGAGCAACAACCACCAAACCACCCAACAGCGCUCCAUCCACGGGUGCCAACGGGGCAUCCAACACAGGAGCAAGUGGAACAACAGCUGCUUCUGCCGCCAAUACAGGCUCUGGUGAUUCCUCCAAGGCGAUCCCGUCAGGCGCAGAUCCUACCGCUCAAGCGACUUCUACUGACCCAUAUUCACCGUUGUUCAGUGGAGCAGCGAGUAGGAUCAGUGGCCGUGCUACAAUAUUCAAUCGGAUGGGGGUGAUAUGGAGUAUUGUAGGAGCUUUUAAUAUUGUCGGUGGAUACGUGUGA